CAAUCUCAUUUGAACUUUCCGGGAACCCGUAGUUACGUCAUCUUAUGGAAAUUGUCCUAGUGGCAAGAUGGCUACCGAACCAAAUAAGACUGAAAUCCUUACCAUUUUCAAGCGAUUAAGAUCUAUCCCGACCAAUAAGGCAUGUUUCGACUGUGCUGCCAAGAACCCCAGCUGGGCCAGUAUUCCGUAUGGAGUGUUCCUCUGCAUUGACUGCUCCGGAAUCCACCGCUCUCUUGGAGUUCACCUCAGCUUUAUCAGAUCCACUGAGUUAGAUUCCAACUGGAACUGGUUUCAGCUCAGGUGUAUGCAGGUGGGAGGCAACGCUAAUGCAACGGCCUUUUUCCGUCAACAUGGCUGCACCACGAACGACACCAAUGCAAAGUACAACAGCCGCGCAGCGCAGAUGUACCGCGAGAAGAUCCGACAGGUCGCCAAUGCUGCCCUGUCCAAGUACGGAACAGACCUGUGGAUCGACUCCUCUUCCGGGGCCAGCACUCCUGCUCCAGAGAAGAAAGAGGCAGACUUCUUUGCAGAACAUACACAGGUCUCGAAUGACUGGAGCAUGGCGUCUCCCACUGAACCAGAGCAGAACGGUUCCUCUGUCAGUUCACUGCAGACAGACUCCAACCCAAAACUCCAGGAAGACACUCAGCCAGAGGAGGGGCCAAGCAUUGAUGGGUUGAGUACAUCUCCUAAAGCCUCUAUUGAGUCGUCAAUGCUUUUGUCAUCAGACCUUACUACAGCGCCUCUGGAUGUCAAACCUUCUAUUAUUGGAAAGAAGAAGCCCAUGGCAGCCAAGAAAGGGCUGGGUGCAAAGAAAGGCCUGGGUGCUCAGAAGGUGAGCAGUAAGAGCUUCACUGAGGUGGAGAAACAGGCUCAAGUGGCUGAGAAGCUGAGAGAAGAACAGGCUGCAGAGGCCAAGAAGCAGGACGAGGAGUCCAUUGUGGCCUCGAUGCGGUUGGCUUAUAAAGAGCUGGAGAUCGACAGAAAAGUGGAAGAAAAGAAACUUCAGAAUCUGGAGGGAAAAAAGAGGGAACAGGCGGAGAGACUCGGCAUGGGCUUUGGAAACAGGAGUGCUGUGUCACAUUCGGUGAUGUCGGAGAUGCAGGUGAUUGAACAGGAGAGUCCCGUUGGAGCCAAGACCUCUUCCAGAUCCAAACUGGACCUGUUUGAUGAGCCUGGGUUCACCUCCGGACCUCCAAAAUAUAAGGAUAAUCCGUUCACAAUGGGUGAGAGCUUUGGCUCCAGGUGGGAAAGUGACACAGGAAGUGGAUCUUUCACUGCCUCCUGGGCCUUAGACAAAGAGGAGCCCAAAGAGGAAAUCACUAUCUCCAGUAUCCAGCCAAUUGGAGAGAGGUUGCCCAGCAGGAGGAAAGCUGAAGUUCCGGAUCCUGUCUCUGAGUCGAAUGAGGCUCGACAGAAGUUUGCAAACGCUAAAGCCAUUUCCUCCGACAUGUUCUUCGGACGAGAGAGCAGCGCCGAGUACGAUGCAAAGACGAGGCUGGAGACGAUGUCUGGGAGCUCAGCCAUCAGUUCUGCAGAUCUGUUUGGAGACGGCAGCAAAGCGAGAUCAGCCGGUCUGGACAGCGUUCUCCCCUCAGGCCCUGACAUCACUCAGUUUAAACAGGGAGUAAAGAGUGUCGCAGGCAAGAUGGCAGUCCUUGCCAACGGAGUCAUGAACACCAUCCAGGAUCGUUAUGGCUCUUACUGAGUUUCACUGGUUUUACUCCCAUUGGAAAACCCAGUGUGGACCUGCCUCUUCACCGGAAUCCGCUCUCACGAGACAAGAUUCGGACCUAAACGGUUUUCAAGGAUUUUGCAUGAAGAAAGCGUUGCCUUUCUAAACCCUACCAUGACUUUUGCAGACAUUUUGGCACAAAACAGUAUUCUCAUUAAAACUAUUACUUUUUAUUAUUUUCAUACCAGCAACUUCAGAGGUUGUGUAGAUUGUUUUGUAAUUUACAUUGAGAAUAUUUUGGUCUUAGAGUUUCAAUAAUAGGCUCUUUAUUUUAUUCUAAAUCAAAGUGUUGUUUUUGGGUAUAUUAUGUUUUGAUCUUGUCAGAGGUGCAUCUAAAAAUGUCAAUAUUGUGAAUUUUAUUUAUUUUCAAAUAAUUAAAGAGGGGAUAUUAUGCAAAGUCCUUUUUUUUUUUUUUUUUU